AUGAGCGGCAUCGGCGAGCCGGCGAGCCGCUGCGUGAGCGCCAAGCCUGGGCAACGACUGGACGAGUCCUUGAUGGCAAACCCACAAUGGCGGCUUGAGGAUGAACCAGGUUUCGCCGCGGCAAGGUGUUGGCAAGAUCCUCGACGGUGGGGAUGGGCCGCCGCAAGAUCGCCGACGGGGAGGGCAUGGCGGGGAGUGUUUACCUCAGGCUCAGGCCCGUCUGGCGGAGGCAGCGGCGGCGGCGGGGGGUCGUCGUCGGGGCGCCGGCCGCGAGGGAGGCCGGCGGGAUCCAAGAACAAGCCCAAGCCGCCGGUCAUCAUCACGCGGGAGAGCCCCAACACGCUGCGCUCCCACGUGCUGGAGAUUGCCAGUGGCGCCGACAUCAUGGAGGCCGUAGCCACCUUCGUGCAACGGCGGCAGCGCGGGGUCUCUGUGCUCUCCGGCAGCGGGGUCGUCGGCAACGUCACCCUGCGCCAGCCCGCGGCACCGCCCGACUCCGUCAUCACGCUCCACAGCCACUUCGGGAUCCUCUCCCUCUCCGGCGCCUUCCUCCCGUUGCCAUGCCCGUCGGAAGCCACCGGUCUCGCCGUCUACCUCGCCGAUGGGCUGGGCCAGGUAGUGGGAGGCACGGUCAUCGGGGAGCUCGUCGCGUCCGGGCCUGUCAUGGUCGUCGCGACCACUUUCUCCAACGCCACCUACGAGUGCCUCCCGCUCGCCGAUGAAGAGUCUGGGGAGGCGGCCACGACAGCCACCGGAUCCGAUGGGACGCAGCUGCCGGACGGACUGGCUCCGGGAGGAAACGGCGGGAUGGGUGCGACAGUCGGCGUGCCCGGACUGCCAGACCCGUCAUCGAUGCCAUUCUACAACCUGCCGCCCAACCUCAUGCCUAAUGGCGACGGUCAGAUGCCACACGAUGUGUUUGGCUCCUUCCGGCCGCCACCUCCUGCCUUCUAG